UUCCUGUGCCAUUUAGGGGAAAAGAUUAAUUUGGUCAGUUAAUCCCCUCCUGCUCCUCCUUCUCUCCCCCCGCCCACCGCGAAGAACCGAGCGCGGGAAAAUGCACAAACAGUUCUGCAGGUGACCGUCAGCGCGAGGCGCAGAGGGGACCCUGUGGUGCCCGGAGAGGAGGCGCAUGCGCGUUGGUUGCGCGGGCGAGUGAGUGUGUGUAUGUGGGGGGUGGCUUUGCGCGGGUUGAGGGAAGCGCUGAGGUGCUUCUGAGGGAGAGAAAGUUGCCCGCGAGCGGGAUAAGGAGGAGGACCAGGAGGCGUUGCAAGCCAGCCGGCCAGCCAGCCAGCGCAGGAACUUGCCCCUUGCUGGUGGCUCCUCGCCCGGAGAAAAAGGCAGGGGGAGGAGAGCGCGUGGCUGGUGCGCCCGGGAGCCCAACAACUCCGAGCCGCCAGAGGGAUGUGGAGCCUCAUGAAGAGGAGGCGGAGGAGAGUCGCCGCCGCCGCCGCCGCUGAUGCUUCGCAAGCCGCUGGCGAGGGAAGGAAGGGGGCUCUCAAACUUUCCAGCGGGAUGCUGCGAGGAGCUGCGCUGCUGCGGUCCUGAUCGCUCUCUGUCCUGAAGCGGCGCUUGCCUGGGGUUUUUCAAGGGCACUUUCGGCUCCCGCCACCGCUGUGGAGGGAAGCUGCUGGAUGCUGCUGCUGCUGCUGCAACUGCUUCUCCAUCGCCGGCGGUGAUUUCUUGCCUGGAUCUUUUAAUAUUUUUUUUGCCUCCGGCGCCAGGCCUGCCGUGGGGCGACGACGGGCUCCUGAGCAGAGCUCGCGAAGCCACCCCGAACUCCCCACCUGCAAGCUGCGGAGGAGGCUUUGCCUUGCUGCGCACCGGACCGCUCCCCCCCCCGCCCCCCGUCCUGUGACUCCCUGUUGAUGCGCACCCGGCUCUUGGCCGUGGGGAUGGAGCCCUUCGCGGGGACCCCCCGCAAGUGAGCCCCGCUCGCGAAGGCGCGGAGGGGUGGGGGGAGAAGGAGGCUGCCUCCUCUUGACCCGCAGGGCCUCCCCAUCCUGUGCAGCGAGCCCCCGGGGUCGCCAUGGGGCUGGAAGUGCAGCCGAGCGGCCCGCCGAAGGCGCCCCUCUUCAAGCUGAGGAAAGUUCGCAAGCGGCGGGAGAUGCUCCUGCAGCAGGUCGGAUUCAUCUGCGCGAUCCUAUUCUUCGUUUGGGGCAUGUCCACCCUGCUGUCUAAGCUAGAACAAGAAUCAACUAUAGUCGACAGAAAUAUCCUGUCAGAGUUAUGGAGGAAUAGAAGAUUGAUGGCAUCAAAUAAUGAGUCACAUGAAGAAAUGAACUGCACAAAGCCAGCGAUUCAUGAAUUUCCCGAUGAUCUAUUCACAAAUAAGGAAAGGCAGCAAGGAGCAGUAUUGCUACAUAUUCUUGGUGCUCUGUAUAUGUUCUAUGCCUUGGCUAUUGUGUGUGAUGAUUUCUUUGUUCCAUCUUUAGAAAAAAUAUGUGAGAAACUACAUCUGAGCGAAGAUGUUGCAGGAGCCACAUUUAUGGCUGCAGGAAGCUCAACGCCAGAGUUAUUUGCAUCUGUCAUAGGUGUGUUUAUCACUCAUGGUGAUGUAGGAGUUGGAACCAUUGUUGGUUCAGCCGUUUUCAAUAUUCUUUGCAUUAUUGGGGUCUGUGGACUUUUUGCUGGACAGGUGGUCCGUCUCACCUGGUGGUCUGUGUUCAGGGACUCUGUCUACUAUACCAUUUCUGUGAUCGUGCUUAUCGCGUUUAUCUAUGAUGAGAAAAUUGUAUGGUGGGAAAGUCUCGUGCUCAUCAUUAUGUAUUCGUUCUAUAUACUUAUCAUGAAGUACAAUGUGAAGAUGCAGAAGUUCUUUACUAUCAAAAGCAUGAAUGUUGGCAAUGGCAACACUGUCAACAGUGAACUGGAAGAUGGUAAUGAAUCUUUUGACAUUAGCUGUGAUGACCCUUCAUUGCCAUUGCUGUGGAAAGUGAAGGGAACGCAACAGUAUGGCCGAAACUCCGUUGUGAUGGUCGAUGAGAUCAUUUGUUCCAGUCCUCCAAAAUAUCGUUUCCCUGAAGCUGGCUUGCGAAUAAUGAUUACAAACAAAUUUGGGCCGAGAACCAGGCUACGGAUGGCAAGCAGGAUUAUUAUUAAUGAGCGCCAGCGACUAAUUCAUGCUGCCAAUGGCAAGCUGAUCCAGAAUGGGAAGCAUGAGAAUAUCGAAAAUGGGGCCAUCCAUGUUGAUAACCAAGAAGAGGAGCAUGAACACAUCAACCUGUCUCCUUUUUCACCACCAGAAGGAAAGAUGGACAAAGUCAAGUGGAUUCUGACCUGGCCGCUGAUAAUCCUCCUCUUUUUCACCAUCCCAAACUGCAGCAAACCACGAUGGGAGAAUUUUUUCAUGCUGACGUUUCUCUUAUCCACCCUGUGGAUUGCUGUGUUUUCCUACUUUAUGGUGUGGCUGGUUACGGUGAUUGGUUACACUCUGGGGAUCCCUGAUGUUAUCAUGGGCAUUACCUUCCUAGCUGCAGGAACCAGUGUGCCAGACUGUAUGGCCAGUUUAAUAGUAGCAAGACAAGGCUUAGGUGACAUGGCAGUUUCCAAUACAAUUGGCAGCAAUGUGUUUGACAUUCUGGUGGGCCUCGGAGUGCCAUGGGGCUUGCAGACGAUGGUGGUUAAUUACGGCUCAUUUGUCAAGAUAAACAGCAAAGGUCUAGUCUAUUCUGUUGUCCUUCUCCUGGGAUCUGUAGCUCUUACUGUUGGCGGGAUCCAUAUAAACAAAUGGAAACUUGACAAGAAACUGGGCAUCUACGUGCUCGUCCUUUACGCCGUUUUCUUGUGCUUCUCGAUACUGAUAGAGUUUAACGUCUUCACUUUUGUCAACUUUCCAAUGUGCCGAGAAGAUGACUGAAAGAAACCGCCGUCGGAUGUCAUCUAUGUCAUUGUGCUAUAAAUGACAGGAGACAUUUUACAUUUCUACCUGCUUCUUAUCCAAAAUCUCAGUGUCUUUCCUGCUUCAUCACCUUACAGGCACUUUUCCUCUACUUGGAAGGAAAGCAGAUGCUUCUUUGAAUAACAAGCUCAAGGCAACCAAAGCAUUUCCCUCUUGCUCCUCUUUGGUGUGGAUCUCAAGCAAAACUUGCAAAAGCCCAGUGGUAUCCUGUUUCAGGCUCAUUUAGGCAGUCAACCAUCCAUCAACAUUCAUAUGAAGCUUGUUGCGGACAGGGGGUGGGGGACAUACCUUCCUUUGGCUUUCCAAAUAAGAGGAAAGAGAAAGGGUUGAGAUUUUAUCUUGGGUCCUAGCAAGCAUCUUGGCCAUGGCCUCUAAUGGACUUACUAUGGCAUGCACUACUAAGGACCUCCUAUUUGCACCCCCCUUUCAAGUGCUCUGUUUAUAGAGAACUUUCACUGACGCUGAGGAGUCAUUGGUGGUGUUCAGUAGUACUUUGUCACCCUGUUUUUACUUUUUUAUUUUAUU